AUGUCUGUUGGAUUUGGAUGGAAGACAAUAAUCUCCAACUUGGAUGGGUUGUUUGGUUUGCUAGCACAUGGAGAAGGUUGGCAUAACAAUCACCAUGCAUUUGACUAUUCAGCUCGACAAGGUCUUGAAUGGUGGCAAAUUGAUACUACUUGGUAUUUGAUACGAUUUCUUCAAGCUCUUGGUUUGGCCACAGAGGUCAAACUUCCAACUGAGGCUCACAAGAAACGAAAAGCUUUGUACAACAAAGUCAUCAACAACAAGGAAAAGUUUGGAACCGUAGGCAACAAUGGGAAACUCCAAGCAGUGAAAUAA